AUGUAGCAGUCAACGGUCAAAGUCAUCGUCCACGCGCUCCAUUUGCUAACAAUACCACUCAAGUAUGUCGCCAUCUAGAUCUAGCUAGGCUCUGCAAACCUGUAGGCUGUAGCUGCUGCUCCACCACUCACCAGUCGCCCACCAUGAAGAAUUCCUCCAUACUUUCGCUCUUCGUCCUCGUUGCCACUGCGCCGCUCGCCGCCGCCGCCGCCGUGUGGUCUAGCGUAUCAUGCGGCAGCGACGGCAGCUACACGGCCAACAGCACCUACGAAGCCAACCUCCACCACCUGGCGGCCGUCGUCCCGGCCGAGGCAGCCGCCGCACACCGCUUUGACACGUACCAUAUCUUUGGGUACUGGCCCAACCGGUUGCAAGCGGACUGGAGCUGCCAGAGCAGCGGCAGCGACUGCGCCGCCUGCAUCGCUGACGCCUUCAAGCAGGUGGAGCUCGAGUGCCCGUUCCACAGGGAGGCCUUCUUCUUCGGUGGCAACUGCACUCUCCGUCUUACCGAGUACCGUAUUCUCGACGACGAUGUCUUCGCGAUGAACCCUCUGGCUAUGGGGAUGAUAUUUCAAGCAUUUGGGCUUGCAUGUCUUUUCCUCUUGUUUCUAAGGGCUUGGCGGCAUGAUAUUAAAAAAGGCACAAUCAUGCACCACACCCCUCUAUCUGGAGAUCAAUAGAUGAGCGGCUUGGCUACAGUUUUGUGCAUCAGCGGUCAGCACCUACUGUCAAGGAAAAGAAUACCUGAGGCACAAUAGCAAAUGAAAUGAAUGAAUGUGUAUAUAGUAUUCUCGUAGCCAAAUAAUGAAACAAUAUUGAUUCUUCAGCGAAUGAACUUUAGUUUGAUCCUUAUAAACAAGCAGCAAUCUUCAUUGCACCUAAUAAUCUGUUAUUUUCAUGAAGAUUUCUAA